CUGACACACAUUUCCGUGUUUUGCUUCCCAAAACAGGAUUUAAGCUCUAUGGGAACUAUCGUGGCACCCCUGGUUUACUUCCUCCUGCUACUUUCUUUUAAAAUGGUACACACGGACAACCAGCAUGUAGCCUUCACAACUACUCCAAACCUUGACUUAAACCUGACAGAAUUCACUAUAGCAUCAACUUCACUUAACUCUACUGUAACUCCAACUACUCUCUUAUCCUCAACCAAGGACACAGUCGAAUAUACCAGCACAAAGCAUGGCAAUAAUACCUUCUCUACUACAGUGGCUGCAACUGAAAACACAAGUCAACAUCAAACUUCUCAGUCAGCUACCAUCUUGACAUCACCAACAGGCAGUGGAUCACUAAACACCACUACACCAACCACACAAUCGCCUGCGCUUACAAUGACCACACAAACCAUCCAGACUACAACACAUUUGAAUACUACAUCUGAUACAACACUAGGUUCAACUGUAAACUCAUCUCACAGCAUGACUACAGUCUCAGUGAAUGUUACAGAAGGUUUGAGACUUAACAUGUCAGAGAGAAACAUGACAAUAAUCUUCAGCGGCAUGCUUGGGCUCUUUGCUUUGACGAUAGCUAUGAUCAUGUUUUACAAAUGCAAACAUAAAUUCCAGUACUUGCAUCAACGUCUUGACACCACAGAUGGCACAGAUGGAUUUGUGCUCGAUGAUGACACCCUUGUUAUUUCUGGAGGACUUUAUGAUGCCCAUCCAAUCUACGACAAUGUGCCACCCACUCCUGCGGAACCGUCACGAUUUUGCCUUGAAUUCCUCCAUUAAAGAGAGACCUCUAUGCUAAAUCACAGUGAUAACCCACUGAUAUGGACAUGGACAGAAUCCCAUUUCUCCUCCAUGGCUCAGUGUUAUUUCAGAACUAGAAAGAACCUGUAGAAUUAAAUUAUUUACCAACAGGAAGUAAUAUUGAAAGUAAUAAUGAAUAACAAUGACUGAUGUAACUGUAAUUAAUUAAUUUUAUUAGUUUGUGGGAAUGACCAAACAAAUAUAUUCACAUAACAACACAUUUACCAAAAUAACAAUAAAGGUUUAUGUAGACCAAACUAAGGGAAUUAGAUAACAGUUUUAAGCAUAACAUUUUUCCAAACAACAGUAUUAUGGAAAACUUCUUUUUCACAAGAACUUUAAAG